UUUAAAUAUAAUUGGCCAAUCAGGAGCGGCGCACGGCUUGCUAACUGUCGACGCUCCAGAUUUGAAUCAGAGCCCCCGAGCAUCUGGCCUGGGACGGACACGGUUUGUAGCGACUUUAGUCUGCAGCCACCCAAUUUUUACCAGACCCGGAGAAGACUCCACUCAACUUCGAUUUGGCACUUUGUUCUCCCCUUUCCCCCUGUCUGCAUUGUGAACCGGUCAAAUAAUGACCACGGUGGCCGGUAAACCGUCCGCCAAGCCGGGGUCUGUGGCCCCGCCGGUCGUCGCUCCGGUGGCCAAGGAGAUCCCCGACAUCCUGGUGAACCCCAAGACCAUGAAGAGAUACGUGCGGGGCCGCUUCUUGGGCAAAGGGGGGUUCGCCAAGUGUUACGAGAUUUCCGACAUGGACACCAACGAGGUGUUCGCUGGGAAGAUCGUGCCCAAGACGCUGCUGAUGAAGCCGCACCAGAGGGAGAAGAUGUCCAUGGAGAUCUCCAUCCACAAGAGCCUCAAUCACGCCAACGUGGUGGGUUUCCACGGCUUUUUCGAGGACGAUGACUUCGUCUACGUUGUCCUGGAGCUAUGCAGGCGGAGGUCUUUACUAGAAUUGCACAAGAGGCGGAAGGCUGUCACUGAGCCCGAGGCCCGGUAUUACCUGAAGCAAGUCAUCCUGGGCGGCCAAUAUCUGCACGAUAACAACGUUAUUCAUCGAGAUCUCAAGCUUGGCAACCUUUUCCUCAAUGAUGAUAUGGAAGUGAAAAUAGGUGACUUUGGUCUAGCCACAACUGUACAGUAUGAAGGAGAACGCAAGAAGACCUUAUGUGGGACCCCCAACUACAUUGCCCCAGAAGUAAUUGGCAAGAAAGGGCAUAGUUUUGAAGUUGAUGUUUGGUCUCUGGGCUGUAUUAUGUACACACUACUUGUGGGGAAACCUCCAUUUGAAACAUCCUGUCUGAAAGAGACAUACCUGAGGAUAAAGAAAAAUGAAUAUAAUAUUCCCAAGCACAUUAAUCCUGUGGCUGCCAACCUCAUACAGAGGAUGCUUCGGUCAGAUCCAAGUGCACGGCCCAACAUCCAUGAGCUGUUGAAUGAUGAGUUCUUUACAUCUGGCUACCUGCCUGUCCGUUUGCCCACAACUUGCUUGACUAUGGCUCCCCGAUUUUCUCUGGCUCCUGGUGGGAUUGAUUCCAGUAUGAGACGGCCACUCACUGAACUCAACAAAGAUGUUCCAGCUGGUGACAGACCAGGCAAGUCAGAAGAUGAUGGAGUAGCAAGGGAUGUAGGGGAAUGCAAUGAUUUCUACCUCUCGGAUCUAUUGCAACAGUUAAGUAGUGUAGUAGCAGCAAGGCCAGCUGACAAAGCAGUCAUCAGACAAGAGGAGGCUGAAGACCCAGCCUGUAUACCAAUCUUCUGGGUCAGUAAAUGGGUGGAUUAUUCAGAUAAAUAUGGUUUAGGUUAUCAGUUAUGUGACAACAGUGUUGGUGUACUCUUCAAUGAUUCUACUCGUUUAAUCAUGUACAAUGAUGGGGAGAGUCUUCAAUACAUUGAGCGUGACAUGACUGAGACUUACCUGAACUUUCGAUCCUACCCCCCCAGCCUAAGUAAAAAGGCAACUCUAUUGAAAUACUUCCGUAACUACAUGAGUGAGCACUUGUUGAAGGCGGGGGCCAACAUCACUCCCCGGGAAGGUGACGAGUUAGCACGGCUUCCAUUCCUGCGGAUCUGGUUCAGGACUCGCAGUGCAAUUGUGUUGCAUCUCAGCAAUGGCACUGUUCAGAUCAACUUCUUUCAGGACCACACUAAAAUCAUCCUGUGCCCACUAAUGAAUGCUGUGACCUAUAUUGACGAGAAACGAGAAUUCCACACGUUCAAGCUGAGUAUGAUUGAGGAGCAUGGCUGCUGUAAGGAGCUGGCAAGUCGACUGCGUUAUGCACGCACAAUGGUGGAGAAGCUGCUCACCACAAAAACUAUGGGAACACGGGUCAAACACGCAGCAUGAAGACUGGCGCUUCUGUCUGGCUGACCUACGUCUGCCCUCAUUGGACCAAGUCUUUGCUAUUUUAGGGCGCAAAAUGUUUGUGUAAAUAAAUCCCUCUUUUUGUACGGCUCGGUUUUUUUGUAUUAAAACACUUUUUUGAAGUAAACAUGUGAACAAUGUGUUUUGAAUCGAGUUGGAAGAGGGAAGAAACAUGGUGACUCUCCAUUAUGUGUAGUGACUCGCAGAUGAGAUCAUGUAAAUUUAAGCUGUACAUUGUGCGCCACCAAACUUGCUUUUACACUCCUCUUUGCAGGUGUCUAGUUGUUCUACAUUUUAUACUCUAUGUCAAAAGCACUUUACAACCUUGAUCUACUGCUUCUCAGGCAACAACUGUUAUAUCUUGCACUUUGUAUUUUCUUGCACCAACCUCUCCCUGGUCAGAUUUGAGAUGAGGAACUCUAGUGGUUGAAGAACAACAUUGUAUGUUGGUGUUCUAACAAUAGGAAAUGCAGUGACUGAUUUCCAAUGGGCAUGUAAUUUUGUUUAGUUGAAAAACUGAAAUGAGAAUCUUGAGAUAUGAAUAUAUUUUGCUAAACCUUUUGGCCCUACGUAUCCAAUGAAACCUAUCCUGAGUACAGUUGAAUAAACUUUUAGGAACAACUACCUGUACAGCUAUUAACACUGGUCUCUCUGUUUAAUGGGAGAACGUUUUGUACUUGAUACAAUUUUUUAACGUAACAUAUUAAAGAAAUAAAUCUGUUCUUGAAUAA